CUAAAGUUUCCAAAAAGUUAGAAUAACUUCCUCUCUCCAAGACCUCAAUUUUUUUACACAACCUCGGUCCUUGAAAUAAGAGCCCUUCAAGCAACCUGGAAAACGUUUGGUCAGCAAAAAAAAAAAAAAAAAAAAAGGAAAAAAAAAGAAAAAAGAGUCCUCCUGUUUUUCCAAAGGAUCUGUCUCAGGAAUUUAAAGCACAUUUAAGACACACACACUCACAUAACAUAAGGAGGGGGGGAAAGGCUCUUCCCCUCCCCUUCUUGCAGAAAGCAUGGAAGAAAGCUCCAGUUCUCCUGUUUCCCCUGUGGAUAGCUUGGGGACCAGUGAAGAGGAGCUGGAAAGGCAGCCAAAGAGAUUUGGCAGGAAGAGAAGAUACAGUAAGAAGUCCAGCGAAGAUGGCAGCCCCAACCCAGGGAAGAGGGGGAAGAAGUCCAGUCCCAGCUCCCAAUCUUACGAAGAACUGCAGAGCCAGAGGAUCCUGGCCAACGUCAGAGAGAGGCAGAGGACUCAGUCGCUUAACGAAGCUUUCGCUGCCCUGAGGAAAAUCAUCCCCACGCUGCCCUCUGACAAACUGAGUAAAAUCCAGACGCUCAAGCUGGCGGCUCGGUACAUAGACUUCCUCUACCAGGUGCUACAGAGCGACGAGAUGGACAGUAAGAUGACGAGCUGCAGUUACGUGGCUCACGAGCGGCUCAGUUAUGCCUUCUCCGUGUGGAGGAUGGAGGGAGCGUGGUCCAUGUCGGCCUCCCACUAGCCACCGCCCGGGCCGGGCCAGCCCAAGGGACUGUCCAGUGUCUGCGACUGAAGUGGAAUUGGGAUAUAUCCAAGUUUGUAGCUUCUGAAACCUUAAAAACCUCAAGAAAACUGGUCCAAAAGACCCCUCUUGACCUCCCUCGCUCUGAACUCUUGUGGAGCAUUUUAGACUGAGCAGCAAAAGAGCACCGAAGAGAA